AUGCAGCACGCAGCUUGCAGCACCACCUCAAGCACGACUCCAUCCGCGGAACGAAACAACAGGGGAACAUGGGAUGGAAGCAGAACCGGAAACAUCACGGAGCACGCUAAAACAUGCCUUCUCGGCAAUCCACUGCGACCUGAAAUCCACAGCACCGCUGCACCACACGACCAGGCCACCACACCUCCUGUCAACUACACGUGUACCGACCGAGUAGGAACAUUCCUCCACACUGCCCGCUCUGAGGGGGCUCGAGAGCCCGUCUGCGCAUGGCCGCCAUGGGCCAAGGCCUUGCUUGCUCACGAGAGAGCCCCGGCGACUAUCCAGGACUAG